AUAUAUAUACGUGGUUUAUGGUAGAGAACGCUGACGCCGCGAUUUAAUUAUUUUAAUUUCAACACAUCAUCGUCGGUCGAUACGAUUAAUAGUUAAUUGUUUCGUAAGGAAAGAAUCGAUACACACAAUUUAGGAGAUUUCCACGGUUGAAUUAAAAUAUGGUUAGUCACUUUGGAGAAAUAAUAUUUCCAUCAUCGCGAGCAUUUUGGGAUGAUGAAGACGAAUACGAAUCAGCUGAUUAUAUAGAACAUUCUCCCAAGCUGUACGUUCGCUGGUUGAAAACAAAACCAGAAUUUAUGCAAAAGUUGAUCGUAAUGGAAGGAGAUCCAUUAAUUCCGUUUGUAGAACAAUGUUUGUGUUCUAAAAUGAAAGAAGCAUGCGUUAUAGAAAAUGAAAAUCGUAAAAAAGUUUCAGCCAUUUAUCAAAUUGACAAACAAAUAUACAUAUGUAUAAUUUUAUCACAGUUUGACACAAAAAAUACUGGAGAAUUUGUAAACCAGAUAUAUGAUUUGUUAACAAGUUCAGAGAGUAUAAUUUCAAUAGUGUGUCGUCAUAUAUCACAGUUCCAGAGUAUGAAUGUCCCAGAGACUGCUUCGUUUUUAAGAAUACUGGCAACCAAAACGGCGAAUAUCACAAAAUGUGGGAUUAAACUAUUGGAACAACCAAAUAUUGUAUUUGGAGUUGGCGCAGGAGUCUUAUCUCUUGCCGAACUCAUUGGCGCACCAGCCAAGUUAUACAUAUUAUAUAUCGACAGUUUCAUAUUGGAUUCCAAAUGCGCAGAACCGAUCUUACAAGUUUUAACUGAUGAAAUACCCUGUAAAUUACAGCAACCCAAAUUUGCAGAAAAUUCUUUUAGUAAAGGAAAUCUUUACAUGUGAGACGUUUUAUAUUAUUGUUCCUUUUGUGAUCGAUAUCUGAACCGAUAAGUUAAAUAUAAAUAUAAACCGAUCAUGCUAA